AUGAUACCAGAAUACUUGAAUAUGAUCGAAGCUUGUCUAUAUAUUUGGAGUUCAUCAUGGUAUUCGAAACAAAGUGAAACAUUUGAUGAUUAUUAUUCUUACGCAACGCACAAACUAGAAUGUACAGCAGGCUUCAUCGAUCUUGCCGCAUGUUUUGGUUGGAUUAUGUCCUGGUAUCGAACAUAUACACGUACAAUUGGUUGUGGUUUUUCAUUUGAUGAUCCAGAUACCUUUGCUUAUUCGACUACAACAGUCGCUGCAUGUAUCUAUAUCUCCUACAACUUACGAGUUCUGAUUUAUCCCGACGAAUAUGCGACGAAUCACUUGUAUUAUAAAGGUGAUAUAUUGUUUUGUAUUGGUGCUUUCUAUUAUUGUCUAGCAGCAUUGAGAGAUGAUGGAUGGUUUUGGUUUAUGUCAUUGGCUGGACAAUAUGGAAUAGCCGCUGGUCUUGUCGAAACACAAAAACCGAUCAAACAAGGAUUACCCCAAUACUUAGUGACUGAUCUAUGUCGAAACAGGCGACAACAACUAAAAAAACGCACAGAAGAAGACAAAAACAAUAAUCAGCCCGAUAUUGUUGUCGGAAAGGACGAAAAUACAGAAAUGGUUCGAUUAUAA